AUGAAUGGAUAUACUACAUUUAGAGAUAGGACUAAGUUCCUAGAUUUUGAGAGUCUUUUAGAUUUCUCACCCCUAACGCAGCCGCAGAAGGACCAUAUGGCGAAGGUCUAUAGCACCCUGGCCUAUUGUUCGUUGGUUACCUUUCUGUCAAUUUCUCUACCCGGGCCAUUGAGGCAAAUACCAUUCUUUAUUGGUCUUAUUGUGUUUGUAGGUUCGAUUGCGUAUAUUAUUUCGACGCCCGAGGAGAAAGCUUCCCCUAAAAGAAUUGCCGCCAUAACUCUGGUUGGAGUUGGUCAGAGUGCUCUAAUUCGUGAUUUUGUACUCUCAAGAUUCAAUAUUGCUCCAGAAGUAAUAACAACUGCACUAAUGUCAUCGAUUGGAAUGUUCGUGGCCUUUACUUUGAGCGCUCUCUCAAUGUCCUCUCGCUCCUGGUUCUUCCUUGGAGGCAUACUCGGAUCAACCAUGUCCUACAUGUUCAUGGUCUCUCUGAUGAACAUGUUCUUUAGAUCAUAUUUCGUGAAUAAUGUCCUCUGUCUCCUUAGUCUUUUGGUUCAUGCAGGAUUUGUAAUGUAUGACACUCAACUUAUACUCAAAAAGUUUGAAGCAGGAGGAAAAAAUUACAUGGCACAUGCGAUACUCUUGUACGUAGAUCUUGUAGAUUUAUUCAUUAGAGUAUGCGAUGUCUUGUAUAAAAAGGAAGAAUCCAAAAAAGAGAAACAGAAGAAAUGA